UCUAUAGAUAGAAGUAGGAUUAUUCUGAUUAUCAUAAUCAUAAACCACAAGGACAUUUAUAUUUUCAGAAAGGACUUUAUUUCCUGGUAUCAUGUACAAGUGUCUGGAGGUUCAGGUUCCCACCAAGCCACUGAAGCUGGUAGAAAAACCUAUUCCAGUUCCACCGUCCAGAGGAAUGGUCAUCAAAACUGGUGCAGCAGCCAUAUGCAACUCCGAUAUUCCCAUAGCUGAUAACUAUUUGAACAUGAGUGAUACUUCGGAAGAUAAAUCAAUCACUCAGUAUGACCCAGACUUCAAAUAUCCUGUAGUAUUGGGUCACGAGGUUGCCGGGACAGUAUAUAGCAUAGGAGAGGGACGGUGUCCAGGUAGUGACGAAUUCAAUGUAGGUGACCGUGUAGCAGUCUAUACACUACAAGGCUGUCAAGAAUGUAGAACAUGUACUUCAGGAAAUCAUUUGCUGUGUCCAAAGAGAACCUCACAAACCUUGGGAAAGGGUAAAAAUGGAGGAUAUGCAGAAUAUGUGAGUGUCCCAAACAGGAAGUUUGUUUUCAAGUUACCAGAUUCUAUUGCCAUGGAUGCAGCAUGUAUGUUUUCGUGCAGUGCAUUAACUGCUUACAAUGCCGUGACUAGAACUAAACCUGCAAUUGCCAAUGCACUCAAAAUGUUAGGUUCUGCUACGCUGUUGAUUAUAGGAGCAGGAGGAUUAGGUCAAUGGGCAAUACAAAUUGCUAGAGCUGUACUUCCAAGAGAGACUAAAAUAUUGGUUGCUGAUAUAACAGAGGAGAGAUUAGCAGUUGUAAAGGAGAGUGUUGAUAUGACAAUCCGGUGGUCUGCAGAUGAAGAUGACAUGACUUUCAUGGAAAGGGUAGCAGAGGUGACCGGAAAUGGUCCAUUGGUAGAGGCAUCCAUAGAUUUUGUAGGAGCUCCCGCAACUACGAAACGUGCUGUGUGGCUAGCAAAUAAGGGCUCUACACAUUGCAUAGUUGGAUUAUUUGGAGGAGACACAACAUUCCCAGUGCCAUUUGUUCCAUGUAAAAUGAUUGAUAUUCAUGGGAUAUAUCUAGGAUCGACUCAGCAAAUGCAGGAGGUUAUACAACUUGCAGCAGAAGGAAAAAUAAGGCCUCCACCUCUGGAGCAUGUUACACUAGACGGGGUAAAUGAUGCUUUGGAUAAACUCAGAAAGGGGCAGAUUAAAGGAAGGGCAAUCAUCACCUUUGAUUAAAAUUUCCCUCACAAUGAAACAAUGAAAACUCUCCUUGAAAUAUGCUGCAAAACUCAAAAAUACUUAGUUUACAUUUCAUAUACAGUGAGGAGCAAGUCUUAUACAAUAUUACAUUUCUAUGUCAAUUUUUCAAUUUUCAAUUUCAAGUUCAAUUAAUUACUAUAAACAACAAAGAUGAUGUAGGGAGUUAGCAAUUGAAGAUGACAAAUAGUCCAAUUGAACUGUGCGGUGGAAUUUUAUUUUACUUAAACAACAAUAAUAUAGUAUGUCUUUUAAAGCAGAUAUGAAAUGGUAUUUUUGACCUCAAGGAAUCAAUAAAUUUUUUUUGAUAAAUGUA